AUCUUCUCUAAUGUUCCUUUCCUUAUUUUGAUUGCAGAGCUGAUUAUACAACGGAUAAUCCCCCAACCUCUCCCCAAGAUAAUCCCCCAUUGGGUCACUUUAUAGAUCUAGUCCUUGCCAGGUUCCCCUCCCUCGGUGUGGUGGGAAUGUGGCUUUGGGAGGUGAUAUAAAAAGCAAACAGCUGUAUAAAUACACAUUGGAGACAGAUAAAGCUUCAAAAGCUGCAGGACUCUGUACAGAAUGAAGACUUUGGUGGCUUUGGUUCUGUUGGGUUCCUUGGGUCUGGCUCGGUGCUGCAGCCGCCCCCCUGGAGCCAUCAAUAUUGCCACAAGCGGAGAAGCUUCUCAGAGUUCUAAUUAUGGGGCCAACGAUGCAGCUGUAAAGGCCAUCGAUGGGGUGAACGAUCAAAACUGGUUUAAUGGCUUCUGCUCACACACAGGCGCGGACAGCUCCCCCUGGUGGAGGCUGGACAUGAAACGGAAAUACAAAGUGAAUGUUGUUGUGGUCUCUGGCCGGUCAGACUGUUGUUUGGAAAGGAUGAGGAAUCUUGAGGUCCGAAUUGGAAAUUCUCCCGAUAAUAACAACCCAGUGUGCGAUAAGAUCACCAUAGCUACUUCUGCAACAACAACGUUCUGCUGUAACGGGAUGGAGGGUCAAUACGUCAGCGUGGUGAUCCCGGGGCGCAAUGAAUACCUGACCCUGUGCGAGGUGGAGGUCUACGGGGACCCCGUGACUCAGACUCAGGAGAAGCAUGUCUGCUGGUAAAGCCUGACAGAAAGAAGACUAAAGUUUAUCAUCAAAUUUAAUGUCCAUAGACAACAUUCUGAAGACCCCAGAAAAAUGGACAUGUUUGGCUGGAGGAGAAUGUUUUCCACUCUUUUCCUUGUUUUCCUUGUUGGUGUGACUAAAGAAACUCUUCACAAA